AUGGCGCCCAACUUGAAGAAAGUUUUUGAAAAAUUGGAUGAUCUCCCCGCUGCGGUGCACAAGACAAGUAACGAGCUUCGAGAGCUUGACACGAAGGCUGAAAACACAAUGAGGACGGCAAAAAUAAAGCUUAACGAUCUGCUUAAUAGCCAUGCGAAGCACAACAAGGAACAGCAUUUAAAGAUCUACAAAGAAAUCCAUGAGUUGCUCAAAAGCGCCGAAAGAAUGCAUUCUCGCAAAAUUCACUUGGCUGAGAAGCAAUACGAUAUGAUCGAUGGUAAGAUUAACAAUUUGGAUCGUGACUGGGCCGAGUUUCUUGAUAUGCAACGGCAAACAGCAAUAGAUGAGAAAAAUCGCUUAUACGAAGCCGCCGCCGAGUUGGAACCAUCAUCACUGAAGCGUAAACCAGCCAGCUCGCGAAAGGAAAAGAAAAACGAAGACUAUAAAGCAAUUCGAAUGGCAAAUAUAAGUGCCGCACAACACAAAUCGUUCGAAUUGGUACCACUCCCUCAACACGUUGUAGAUAUGCCAAUUGAUCCAAACGAACCAAGAUACUGCACAUGCAAUCAGGUAUCAUUUGGCGAAAUGGUGGGAUGUGAUAACAAGAAUUGUAAAGUCGAAUGGUUCCACUUUCAAUGUGUCGGUUUGACGGAACCUCCUACUGGAAAAUGGUUUUGUGAAGCGUGCUCGCAAGCCCGGAAGAAAAAG